UCAUUCGCAACAGGUCGCUCGUUACUGUUGCUCUUUGUGUGUGAGGUCGCUUGCAUAAAAAUUCGAAAGACAUUACGGUCGUUUUGCCUAAAAGAAAGAGCCAAACAAAAAAAAUUGUGUCAAAGCAUUUCUUUCAAGUUUGCAGACGUAUCAAUAGAUUUUACACACACCAUUAUUUUCCAAGUAAUUGCGGGAGUUCUUUUUCCGAGUUUUUGUGGUGUUCAGAAGGAAACACCCCCGUUUUAAGGUGUGUGUGAGUGUGUGGCGGCAUGAGUGUAAAAGCCAACAUCAAUCCUAAGUUUUGAGAAUUCUUACAAAUGCUAAGUGUGUGUGUGUGUUUGUGUGAGUUCUUUGUUUGCUGCUUUUAAGGACUUUUGUGUGAUUGAAAAAAAGAGUUUGUUUGGUUUUCAUUUUUCGAAACUGCAGCACGUACUUGGCAGCGGGAAAGUUACUACAGGGCAACAUUCAUUAAAAGCCAGGUAUAAUCCCUAAAAAUUAAUUAAAAACAAAAAGACAACAUAGCAACUUUUGAUACUUACCCCAAAUCGUCUUGGAGAUAGCGAUAGAAAAUUGAGUGCUGUAGUGGGUGAAAGAUGAGGUCUUCAAAAAGUAACAGGUAUCAAAUUUACUUCAAAUAAGUGGAUACUGCUCUAAAACAGCAACCAUCGCCAUUAUCAUUCAUUCAUUCAACAUUUGGGUGUAGGAAUCGUUGCGCCAAAAGGACAAGCAACAGUUGUUGGUGUUUUUGUUAACGGCAAGAGAGAAAAGGAGACCGUUAAAAAGUUUGUUUUACAUAUCCAUUUGUGGUUGUCAUCGGAAACGGAAAUCCCACAGACGAAUCAUUUUGCACAGUCACAUUUGCAGCUAUACUCCCAGUUUCCCAAGUCCUUAGACCUCUGCACCAACAACAACAACACGAGGACAUCAGCAUGUCAUUGCCAAACAAUAUUGAUUAUGACUACCUAAUGAAAUUUCUAGCAUUGGGUGAUUCGGGUGUGGGAAAGACGAGCUUUCUGUAUCAGUACACAGAUGGUCGGUUUCAUUCGCAGUUCAUAUCAACAGUUGGCAUAGAUUUCCGGGAGAAACGCUUGAUUUACACAUCUCGCGGCCGUAAUCAUCGCAUUCACCUGCAACUAUGGGAUACCGCAGGUCAAGAGAGAUUUCGCUCACUCACCACAGCAUUCUAUCGCGAUGCCAUGGGAUUUCUGCUCAUUUUCGAUCUGACCAGCGAAAAGUCCUUUUUGGAAAUCACCAAUUGGCUAGAACAAUUGCGACAGCAUGCCUACUCCGAGGACCCUGAUGUGGUGUUGUGUGGCAAUAAAUGCGACUUGCAUGACUUUCGUGUCGUUUCACAUCAACAGGUCACUGCUUUGGCAGAACGUUAUAAACUGCCAUACAUUGAGACAAGCGCUUGUACCGGCUACAAUGUAAGUGCGGCCGUUGAACUUUUGGUGGGUCGUGUCAUGGAACGCAUGGAGAAUGCCAUAGCCAAUGCUGAGCUAACACGGCUAAUGUCUCAAACACAUUUGACAAAUUUCAAAAAUAUUAAUCAUCACACCCUGAGGAUGGCGCUGCUAAAGGGCGAACCUGGAUCACAGAAUGAGGAAAAAUGUAAACAAAACUGUAGCUGUUGAGGCCAUGAGGGGGCAUGAAAAAAAUAUCGCCCUUGGGCUUUGGGUAUUUGGAAAUUGUUUUGUUUUUUGUAUUUAUGGGACAACCAGAACAAAAGAACAAAAAACUCAAUUAUUAUUCUUCAAAACUGCUGUUGGGUACAAUAAAUUUUGUGAGUGAGUUACCAUGAGCAUCAAAUGUUAAAGAAAAAAAAUCAGUUUUAUGUUUUUUGUGCUUAAAGUAAUGUUAUUAUCAUUAUUAUGUUAAGCAGUUGUAUAAUGCUCAACUUUUUUUUAUAACUC